GAACAUGGCGUCAAGCGAAGCGAAGUAGCAGCUACAUUCGAGAAGUAUGCGCAGCUUAUACAUGCGUCGCGCCGACCACUUCCAACUCAAUCUGGAGAUGGAACGUACCUUGAGACCGAUGGUUCCAGUGGUCUUUUUCAAGAUCUGAAGUCUCUUGGCUUCAAGGAUGUUAAUACCUUGAAAGAUGUGAUGAAGAACAAGGCCAAGGGCGAAUAUGUGGAUGACAAGACUAUGCUUAUGGAGAGAAUCAUUCAACUCGUGAGCGGUCUUCCAUCUCACUCCAAAAAUCGCACCGAGCUCACCAAUGCUUUCUUGGAUGAACUCUGGACGGCUCUUCCGCACCCACCACUCUCGUACAUGGGAGACGAAUAUGCCUACAGAUCUGCUGAUGGAUCUAACAACAACCCCACCCUACCAUGGCUAGGAGCUGCCAAUACUCCAUAUGCUCGAUCGAUUCCUCCAUCGACGAUCCAGCCCGGAGCAUUGCCCGACCCCGGGCUGAUUUUCGAUAGUCUAUUUGCUCGAGAAAAGUUCACGCCUCAUCCAAACAAGGUCUCCAGUCUCUUCUUUGACUGGGCAUCGCUGGUCAUCCAUGAUAUUUUCCAAACAGACCACAGAAAUCCUCAUCUCUCAAAGACUUCAGGUUACCUAGAUCUAUCUACUCUCUAUGGUGACGUCAAGGAAGAGCAAGAUAUGAUACGAACAUUCAAGGAUGGAAAACUGAAGCCGGACAGCUUCUCCGAACCUCGUCUUCAGGCAUUCCCUGCAGCUUGCUGUGUGCUCCUGGUUAUGCUGAACAGGCAAGGAACACGCAGAUUCCAUAACUAUGUUGUCGAGCAACUGGCCAUGAUAAAUGAAAAUGGUCGAUUCACUAAGCCCCGGGACGGCCUUGCGCCGGAGGCAGCCAAGAAGGCGUGGGCUAAAUAUGAUGAAGACUUGUUCCAGACUGGAAGACUCGUCACUUGCGGACUCUACAUCAACAUCAUCCUGUAUGACUAUCUGCGCACAAUUAUCAAUCUGAACAGAAGCAAUUCCACCUGGUGUUUGGAUCCACGUGCAAGAAUGGACAAGCAAGGAGGAAAGGAGACUACUCCGGAAGGAUUAGGUAACCAGUGCUCUGUUGAGUUCAACCUUGCUUACCGUUGGCAUUCUGCAACCAGCGCGAAAGAUGAAGAGUGGACCGAAAAUGUCUACAAGGAGCUAUUUGGAAAGCCAGCGAGCGAGGUUUCCAUGCAGGAACUCUUGAUUGGUCUUGGCAAGUACGAGAGCUCUUUGGACAAGGACCCCUCGAAGCGCACCUUCGCCCAUCUUCAACGUCAGGAAGAUGGAACAUUCAAGGACGAGGAACUGGUGAAGAUCCUAACGGAUGCAAUCGAGGAUGUUGCUGGUUCUUUUGGUGCCCGUAACGUCCCUAAGGCGCUUCGAGCCAUCGAGAUUCUGGGUAUCCAGCAAGCCCGUAAAUGGCAGGUUGGGUCGCUGAAUGAGUUCCGCAAGUUCUUUAAUCUCAAGCCAUACGAGACCUUCGAGGAGAUCAACUCCGAUCCUGAAGUCGCUGAUCAACUUCGUCAUCUAUAUGAGCACCCUGACUACGUUGAGCUCUAUCCCGGUAUUGUGUCCGAGGAAGCCAAGUAUCCCAUGGUGCCAGGUGUCGGUAUUGCUCCUACCUACACUAUCUCUCGUGCCAUUCUGUCCGAUGCAGUGGCCCUUGUUCGUGGAGAUAGAUUCUAUACUAUCGACCAUCACCCCAAGAACCUGACAAACUGGGGUUGGAACGAGGUUGCCUACGACCUCAAUAUCAACCAGGGUUGCGUUUUCUAUAAGCUGAUGUUGCGCGUGUUCCCGCACUACUUCAAGCCUGAUUCUAUCUAUGCUCAUUAUCCCAUGACCAUCCCCAGUGAGAACAAGGUCAUCAUGAAGAAUCUCGGCCGAGAAUCUGACUAUUCUUGGGAUCGUCCUGCUUUGAUUCCUCCGAGAGUGAAUUUGACAUCUUACCCAGCAGCCAAGAUCAUCCUGGAGAAUGCAAAGGACUUCCGCGUCACUUGGGGCGAGGCAACCGGAUUCCUCUUCGGUAAAGGUGGUCUGGACUUUAUGCUGUCUGGGGAUACAUCCUUCCAUGCAAAGCAGCGUGAAACUAUGAGCAAGUCCCUCUACCGAGACCAGUGGCACAAGCACGUCAAGGAGUUCUACGAGCAAACUACCUUGAGCCUUCUCCAGGAGAAGUCGUGCAAGAUUGCCGGAAUUAAUCAGGUUGAUAUCACGCGAGAUGUUGGCAACCUUGCCCAUGUGCAUUUCGCUUCCAACAUCUUUUCUCUGCCAUUGAAGACAAAGGAGAAUCCUCGUGGUAUCUUCACCGAGCACGAGAUGUACAUGAUCAUGGCUGUCAUCUUCACAUGCAUCUUUUUCGAUCUGGACCCUGCCAAGUCCUUCCCCCUGCGACAUGCCGCUCGUGCUGUUGCGCAACAGCUGGGCAAGAUUGUGGAGGCGAAUGUCAAGUCAGUCAGCGCGACAGGCUUCCUAUCUAGUUUUAUUGACGGCCUUCGCCGCAACCACAACGCUCUCGAGGACUAUGGUAUCCACAUGAUCCGCAGACUUCUCGAGAGCGGACUGGGUGUUUCCGAGAUCACUUGGUCUCAGAUCCUGCCUACUGCAGUUGCAAUGGUUCCGAAUCAGUCCCAGGUGUUCACUCAAAUUCUGGACUACUAUCUCUCUGAUGAGGGAAAGAUUCAUCUUCCUGAUAUUAACAGACUCGCAAAGGAGAAUACACCAGAAUCUGAUGAGAAGCUGCUCCAUUAUUGCAUGGAGGGUAUCCGUCUCAACGGCACAUUCGGCUCUUACCGCGAAUCCACUACUCACCUCACUGUUGACGAUGACGGUCGUCAAGUGAACAUCAAGCCUGGAGACAAAGUCUUCGUCAGCUUCGUUGGCGCCGCUCGCGACCCUAAGGUGUUCCCGAACCCGCAUGAGGUCCGCCUCGAUCGUCCCUUGGAUUCCUACAUUCACUAUGGUGUCGGACCUCACACGUGCCUAGGCAAGGAGGCAAGCCAAGUCGCCUUGACUGCUAUGCUCCGCGUCGUGGGCGGACUGGACAACCUCCGACGUGCCCCAGGCGCUCAAGGACAACUCAAGAAGAUCCCGCGUCCGGGCGGUUUCUACAUCUACAUGCGUGAAGAUCAUGGAGGCUACUUCGUCUUCCCGCUAACUAUGAAAGUACACUGGGAUGGUGACAUGCCUCCGCUGAAGAGACGGUCCACCUCAUUGGGACGUAACUAGUUGAGGUAUGAUAAUGACAAGCAAAGAGGAUAGUCGAUGGGAAUGAUAAUUUAUUAUUUGGUGAUACCUGAUUGUGAUUUCUGUUUCUGUUUCUAGCUAGCUAUGCCUCAUAAUAGUUAUGUACGCUGCAAUUAGUUAUUUAUAGCUGCUGCAACGCUUGACCUUCAACCAUCU